CCAAAAAUCCAAGUAUGAUUGGUGGCAUUAAUUGUGUUGUUAUAGGAAAAUAAAUAAAAAGGUGUAGAUGUCAGUUGAAGUCUACCGACAACAGCAGAAAGUGAAGUAGAAGUUUGAUUCUGUUUGUGAAUGUUUAAAAUACUAACAUAAAACUAUAAAGUUCAUGUAUGUUUGAAAUGCUAACAUAAAACAAUAAAGUGGCAUGCAAAAGUGAGAUAAAAUAAAAGAAGAAAAGUGUAAGAAACUGCGAGUGCCUGAAAGAACGGAACAAUGUACAAACUUUUAAGACGCGGCUCUGGGCGUAUACUUGUCCUGGGUGCCGUAAUUCUGUUAAUAUUACUCUGUAUAUAUUACGUAAGUCAGACGCAACGUUCAAAUACGACGAGAUCGAGUGCCGCUGUUUCUGACUUCAUUGCAGAAAGUGGAAUGAUUCAACGCGUACUUUCGUCUGCUAUGCCGGAUUAUAGCGGGCCACCAGAUUCCCAAUUAUCUCAUGGCACAUGUCCGCUUAUUUUGACCAGAAAAACCGAUAUCGACGCUCAGGUUGAAUUCAAAAAGUUCGAUUUUCAGCCGUCGUGGAUGAGAAGUCGAGAGUAUUGGGACGAUAGUUUUGAACGACGUUACACAGAAUUAAAAAAUGAUCCCAAGAGACCACCUUUAAAGGUUAUAUUAGUGCCACAUAGUCAUACAGAUCCAGGUUGGUUAAAAACAUUUGAACAGUAUUUUCACAGUGCUACAAGAAGUAUUUUAAAUAAUAUGGUAACAAAACUGCAACAAUGGCAGAAUAUGACAUUUAUAUGGAGUGAAGUAUCUUUUUUAUCUCUAUGGUGGGAAAGUGUUCAUCCAACAAAAAAAAUGAUUGUAAAGCGAUUGGUAAAAGAAGGACGGUUAGAAAUAACAACUGGCGGCUGGGUUAUGACUGAUGAAGCUACUUCUCACAUAUAUGCCAUGCUGGAUCAACUUAUUGAAGGUCAUCAGUGGUUAAAAACAAAUUUGGAUGUAACACCAAAAUAUGGUUGGGCAGUUGACCCCUUUGGUCACGGUGGAACAGUGCCAUAUCUUCUCAAGGCAUCUGGCGUUUCUGGUACCGUUAUACAACGAAUUCAUUAUACUUGGAAACAAUGGUUUGCUAAAAAGCAAUAUGGCGAUUUUGUAUGGGUACAACCAUGGGAUCAAAGUGGUAAUUCCGAUAUACUCACUCACAACCAACCUUUCGAUAUUUACAAUAUUAAACACUCAUGCGGACCACAUCCACAUGUAUGUCUUAAUUAUGAUUUUCGAAAGAUUCGAAAUGAGUAUACAGAAUAUUCUGCUAAAGCUGUAGAUAUCACAUCGAACAAUGUGAAAGCCAUGGCAGAGCAAUUACUUGAGCAAUAUUUAAAAACUGGAUCAUUAUUUCCACACAACGUUGUAUUAAUACCUUUAGGAGAUGAUUUUAGAUACGAUCAUCUAAUUGAAUGGGACCAACAAUACUCGAACUAUAAAAUUCUAAUUGACUAUAUAAACAGUCAUAAAGAUGAUUAUAAUACCGAGAUAAUAUUUGGUACUCCAAAAGAUUAUUUUAAUGAAAUACUAAAGAGAACAUCCCAUUUCCCGUCAUUGAAAGGCGACUUUUUUGUUUACUCUGAUAUAUUUAGUGAGGGAAGACCUGCUUAUUGGAGUGGGUAUUUUACAACCCGACCAUACAUGAAAAUUUUAGAUCGUGAAUUAGAGGCUAAUCUUCGAUCAGCUGAACUUCUCUACACUAUAGCAUUGAAUGUUGCUAAGCAAUCUGCAAAAGACAUUAAAAUCUAUGAAACAUAUUUUGAAAAAUUAGUAAAAGCACGUCGAAAUCUUGGCCUUUUUCAACAUCACGAUGCGAUUACUGGUACUUCAAAAUCAUUUGUUAUGAAAGAUUAUGCUUUAAAAUUGUUCGAAUCAAUUUCAGACAUGAUUAGCCUUCAAAGUUUUACUAUUCAAUCACUCAUUGCAACUGAACUUAUGACAAAUUCUUCUAUGGGUCAAGUAUAUGUUUUAUCCGAAUCCGAUCGUGACAGUUAUGAAAAACUACCCAAAAAAAUUCCAAUUAACGUUAACACUCAUGAAAUUAAAAGAAUAGUUCUUUUUAAUUCUGUUGCUCAAUCGCGCCAAGAAGUCAUUAAACUAAAAAUUUUGACUUAUCGGAUUCGAGUUUUAGAUUCGCAUAAAAUUCCUAUUCCUUAUCAAAUAGCACCUAUAAUGAAUGCUACAAGUAUUUCACAUGAUGUUUAUAUUCUACUUUUUAUAGCUGAUCUGAAACCAUUGACACUAACGAUAUAUCACUUACAGCAUACUGAUAAAGUUUCAGCUGAAGUAAUUUCUACAGUCUAUUGUAAUAAAUGUGGUAAAGAUAAUAUUUUUCCUAUUAAACCAAUGCAGAUAGGUGAUAUACAAUUAGAAAAUCAGCGAAUGAAACUAUUAUUUGAUGGACAAACUGGUUUUCUUAAACGUGUUACUAAAAAACCUAGUGGAAGAAUUAUGCAAUGUAAUAUUCAAUUUGCCGCCUAUACUUCAGCGCAGUUCCACAGUGGAGCCUAUCUUUUUAUGCCUGAUCCAAAUCUUCGUGACUCUGAUAAAGAUAUCUUGGAAGCUUAUAUGCCGCAUCAAAAAAUUUAUAUAGUAUCUGGUACACUAAGUUCUCGUCUUACUGUAGAGUAUGGAAAAUUAUUAUCUCAUCACGUAUCUAUAUACCAUAAAGAAGAUACACUAUCUGAAGCGAUAUAUUUACAAAGUAUUGUAGAUUUUGAAACACCACCGAAAAAUCGAGAAACAGAAAUGUUUAUGCGUGUGCAAACAGAUAUUAUCAAUGGUGAUCCGCCAGAAUUUUAUACUGAUUUAAAUGGUCAUCAAAUGGUUAAACGCACGAAGAUUGAAAGAAUAGGCAUUGAGGGUAAUUAUUUUCCAAUCACUUCAAUGGCAUAUAUCGAAGACUCAACGCAUAGACUUACACUUUUAGUUAAUCAUGCACAAGGCGCGGCAAGUUAUCAACCUGGAUGGUUAGAAGUUAUGUUAGAUCGUAGAACUCUAUAUGACGAUUCAAGAGGUAUGGGUGAAGGUCUACUCGAUAAUAGAAAAACAAUAAUUAAACACUGGCUUUUAUUGGAAGAUGUAAUAGGAGAGAUAGAUCGCUAUUCUAAGCCCUCGCUGUUUGCCAAUCAAAUGAGUAAUGCUUUAAAUUAUCCGGUAAACAUAUUCGUAGUCGAUGGUAUAGAUGCAGAGAUUAAAUUAACACCAGAAACGAGAUUAUUAAGUAAAAGUUUACCAUGCGACAUGCAUUUACUUACUCUCAGAACAAAUCAUGAUCCAAAAAUGCCACAUUAUCCUAUAAAUAAUGCUCUUAUGAUACUUCAUAGACAAGGGUACAGUUGUAAUGUUGGAACUGAUAUUUUAAUCAAACACUGCCCAUUAUAUGAUAAACUAUUACCCAAUACAACUUUUUACAAAUUAAGUAUAUCUAAUGUUACAAAAACUUCGUUGACGGGCACAAAAGUGCAUAAAUAUUUGAAGAAUGGGUUACAACAAAUCACAUUACAACCUAUGGAACUAGAAACUUAUAAUCUUAAUUUUGCAAUAAAUUUGCAUUAAAUAACAGCAAAAUUUAAUCUAUGAAGAUAACAAUGUAUAACAAAGGUCGUUAACAUAUAUUGUUAAUUUAAA